AGGUGAAUGCAGUUGCUGUAAACACAGAGAGCCUCAGAGAACUUGUUAAACACACUUUUCUCUUUUUAUUUGUAGCUCAGUUGAAGAUUCGGCUCAACAAGUGGCUGUUCAAGUAUGAUGCGACCAAAAGAUUUACGCCAGGGCUCUGGCACUAAGACCUUCCUGGACGCCAUGCACGGUGGAAAAGUUCACCUGGCACGUUUCAUCCUGGAUGCAUUGGACGGACGCAUCAUCAAUUCCAAGACAGAAAACAGCCGCACCCCGCUUAUGUAUGCUGUCUGCCUACAAGACGCUGGGACCAGAGCCAAAUUUACCAGGCUGUUGCUUGAGAAAGGAGCUGAUGUGAACUGCCAGGACGAGGAUGGUCGGACUGCCCUGAGCCAUGCAUGUGAGAUGGGUCACCUGGACGUGGUGAAGCUUCUGGUGCAGUUCAAUGCUGACCCAGAUGCCUCAGAUGCCUGGGGUAACAGCGCUCUGAUGUAUGCUGCCUUCUCUGGGCACAGCCAGGUCCUGGAGUUCUUGGUGCGGGCUUUCAAAAGACUGGGACUGAGGCUGGACAGAACCAAUAACGCCGGUCACACUGCCAUUGAGGUGGCCAACUUCUUCGGACACAACCAAUGUGUGCAGAUUCUUAACUUUUCUUGCAGGAGGAGUGUUGCACAGAUGAACCGCUCCCUGAUUCAACUGGUGAGGGAGACAACCGGCUGCCCAACCGGCUCCCCAGGUAUCUUCUGGAGAGGUUUUCAAAGCAGUUAAACAACAGUGAAGACCA